AUGCAUCGUAGUCAGGCUCCGGAGAACGUUCUACUCAUUGUGACUCAGCUUCUGAUAUACGGAAACACAAUCAAUAUCCAUUUUUUUCCAUGUGACGCUGAUGUGAAUUCCACCACAGUGGACUGCUCUGACAGACCUAUCAAGGACGUCCCAAUCAUUAAGGCUACUUCUGUGCUGUCAAUCGAUUUGAGCGGCACUAAGCUACAGACAGUGAGGAACCAUGCUUUUGCGGGUGUCCCAAACCUAAAUAUUUUAAAAAUAAUAGGCAAUUGUCGACCAGGUCAACUGAGACCCCCCGAGCAGCAAGGGUGCAAAAUGGAAAUUGAGCCCUAUGCCUUCAAGUGCCUUAGAAAUCUUACAUCUCUGCAUCUGUCAGGAAACAGCCUUACAUCUAUACCCUUAUUGCCUAAAAACUUGCUGUUUCUUGAUUUACAGUACAAUUGUAUCUUCAAUAUAUUUGCCCCUUUAAAUGCUCCAAAUCUUGAGAUUCUGCUACUUUCCAAGAACUGCUUUUACGCCAACCCCUGCAACCAGUCUUUUUACAUAAAUGCAACUAUUUUUAAAGAGCUACCUAAACUCAAAAAUCUUACAUUAGGGUAUGAUAAUGUAACUGCUGUCCCUAAAGAACUGCCACCCUCGCUGAAGGCACUGGAUUUAAGGGAGAAUGCAAUGACAGAGGUCCUACAAGGAGCAUUUGCCAACCUGACAGCCCUUGAGUAUCUGAAUUUGGAGUGGAAUUGUCAGCGUUGUGACCAUGCAGCGAGACCCUGCUUUCCUUGCCCACAAAAUCGCCCUCUCCAACUACAUCCAAACUCACUGUAUUCUGAAAACAGCUCCAUCACUUUUCUGAGCUUAAGGGGGAAUUCUCUAAAAACAUUUCCAGAUGGCCUUUUUAGACCAUUAAAGAAUUUAAAGGGACUGGACAUUUCUGACAAUCUCCUGGCAUUUGCUAUACAAAAUGGCACCUUUUUCGGAGAGCUGACAGGCCUCACUUGGAUUAGCCUUAUCUAUAACUAUGAACCACUCAAGACUUUUAGAAAACUGGAUCUCUCUCCAUAUAUUGGCAACAUAUCUGGUCUGGAAAAUCUCUUGCUAAGUGGAAACUUUUUCCAUACAAUUUCAAAAGAAGGUUUUGACAUUCUGUCUCAACUCAAAAAUCUAAAAAAACUAGAACUGAGAAUGAACUUUAUUAGUUCAUGCAAUUUGACGACCCUGAAGCAGCUACCGUCUCUCACCGCAAUAGACCUCUCCCAAAACAUGCUGAAUUUCCUUCCAUGCUGUUCUGUAUCCUCUGGAACUGUGGCAAUAGGCAGCUGCCAGAACCAGAAUUUGUAUCCAGGUCUUUUCCGAGAUGCAACUCCUUUCAUAACAGACAGAGAAGCAACAACUAGAAGCAACAUCUGGCUUGAUCUCUAUCACAAAGAUGCUUUUAAUGAACUUCAAUCCACACUGAAAGUAUUAGAUGUCAGUAACAAUGACUUUCACUUCAAGAUGAGAGGCAUGGGCCAUCGUUUUGAGUUUCUACAAAAUCUGACUAACCUGGAAGUACUGAGUCUGGCUAACAAUGGCAUCGGGAUGCGGAUAGAUCAAAGGUUGAUCAGCAGAUCCUUGCAGUAUCUCUACUUCAAUGGUAAUCAUCUGGACAUCAUGUGGAAUGGUGACUACAACACAUACACCCAUUUUUUUCAGAACCUAACAAAGUUGAAAUUCUUGGACAUCUCCAGCAAUAACCUGAAGUCAGUCAAAGCAGAAGUGCUGCUUAACCUCCCAGUGAGCCUUCAGAGCCUCUGCAUCAGAAGCAAUUCUCUGAAGAAUUUUCCUUGGCAAAACAUUUCAUCUCUGAGCAAUUUAUGUCACCUGGACCUGAGCCACAACUCCCUGAAUAAUUUGGUUCCGCAAGAAAUAAAAUUUGGAACCCAUUUUUCUUUUCUGGACCUGAGUCACAAUCAUCUUACCUCAAUUCCUGACAAUUUCUUCAACAAAGCAGAGUCUUUGCAGAAUCUGUACCUCAGUCACAAUCAGAUCAAGGAGUUGAACCAUCAGCAUCUCCCUGCGCCUUUUCAAAAGGGCAGUUCCCUUCAGAAACUCACCCUGCACGAGAACCCAUUUAAAUGUGACUGUAAUACUUCAUGGUUUGCUGUAUACUUGCGGACUACUACAGUAAACAUUCCUUAUCUGACAACCCGAGUACGCUGUGAAUACCCAGAGUCUCAACAAGGUGUGAUUCUUCUGUCCAUAGACCAACAUUCCUGCCAGGACAUAUAUGGGAGCUUAGCCUUCCUCAUCUCUUCCUUCUUAGCUGUGACAUUUACUGCUCUUCCUCUGCUAAAGCAUCUCUAUGGCUGGGAUGUGUGGUAUUGCUUGCAGGUGCUCUGGGCAGGACUUAAAGGCUACUCUCAGCUGCCUGGUAGUGAUUCAGAUCAUCACUAUGAUGCUUUUGUUGUGUUUGACACCAGGAAUCCUGCUGUGAGGGACUGGGUGUACAAUGAGCUGACUGUAAAUUUGGAAACCACUGGCCACAGAAGAUUUUCUCUCUGCUUGGAAGAGAGGGACUGGAUACCUGGGCUUUCAUGUAUUGAUAAUCUACACAGUGCUGUCCACAGCAGUGUGAAGACAGUGUUUGUACUGUCUAGGAGUGCAAAUGGAACCGAGAUGGUCAAUGGUGUGAUCCGACAGGCUUUCUUCAUGGUUCAGCAGAGGCUUCUUGAUGAGAAGGUUGAUGCAGCUGUGCUUGUUCUGUUGGAUGAAAUGUUUCCGAAACUGAAGUACCUUCAAUUGAGAAAGAGACUGUGCAGGAAGUCUGUGUUGUCCUGGCCGAGAAACCCAAGAGCUCAACCCCUUUUCUGGAACCAGAUGAGAAUGGCAUUGUCAUCAGAUAACCUCCGAUUUUAUGACAAUAACAUGACUGAAAGUUUUAUAUAAUUGUUUGUUAACUGGAAUAGUCCUGGGGAAAAAGUAUUUGCUCCGUAACAUGUUUUUUUAAUAUUUGCUUUUUAGUCAUACAUAAAUAUUUGAGAUCAUCAAACAAAUUUUAAUAAGAUACACUGGAUAAAAACAAAAAUAAAAUUUGUUUUGAGUUAUUAAGGAAAAAAAUAAUCAAGACCAAUCUUGCACUAUUUGAAAAAGUAAUUGCCCUCUAAACUUAAAAUCUGGUUGUGCUACUAUUGGCAGCAACUCCUGCCAUCAAACAUUUACAGUAACUUACAAUGACUCGUUUAAUUUUUAUGAAGGGAAAUUUGCCUACCCUUCUUUGCAGAAUUGAUUUAAUUCAUUUGAGGAUUUCAAAAAUAAAUUCCUUGUUUAAGGUCAUGCCACAGUAUGUCAAUUGGAUUUAAGUCCAAACUUUAAGUAGGCCAGUUUUUUGUUUUUUUGUUUUUUAAUAAGCAAUCCAGAGGUGGACCUGCUGGUGUGCUUAAGAUCUUUGUUCUUCUAAUUAAACCAAGUUCAUUUGAGUUUAAUGUUACAAACAGAAGGGCAGACCUUCUCUUUCCGCAUUUUACUAGAAGAGAUUAGAAUUUAUGGUUCCAUUAAUUAAUUCUCCAGGUCUUGCAACAGCAAAGCAGCUCUAGACCAUCACACCACCUCUACCAUGUUAGACAUGUUUGAUAACAGGAUAUUCUUUUUCUGAAAUGUUUUAUGCCACAUGUACCAGGAUAUGGACUUUCCAAAAUGUUUUUUUUUUUUUAUCUGGUCAGACCACAUAAUACUUUUCCCAAAGUCAGGGGAGUUAUUGAGAUAUGUUCUUGCAUAGGAAAAAUUUAGCAAUGUGGCAAAGUGUAGAAUUCGUACAUUUCCAUCUGACCUCAUUUUAACAACUGACAGUUUCAUUAAUAUGGUUUUGUUUGUUUUACCUGUGUAUCUUAUUUUAGCUUUACAGAAAAACAGAUUGUUUUACGUAACAGUUUUGAGGUGUCAUGGAAGGCUAAUCACAGGUGUGAUAGCGUGGCUGAAGUAAAACACAGAAUGAUAAAACCACACAAAGACAUAGACCAGUUUAUCAUCCUGGGCCUCGAUUUUUAUUUAAGAGAUCUGAGCAUUGUUUGUUGUAACACGUCAGUAUCUCACCUGUAAGAUUAAAUGUUUAAAGCUAUUCUGAUUCACAAAAAAAUUAA